GAUUCUUUUCUGUUUUGUUUGUUUCAUGAGCUCACAGUCAGUGUUACUGUCUCCCUGUCAGACUGACUGAAGAUGGACGUUGUUGUGGAGGAAGAGGACAGAGCAGAGACUCUGAGGACAGACCGCUUCAAACCUCCAGACAUCAGUGAAGAACCUGAGCCCUCAGACACAAAAGGUCAGGACCUCAGACUGACAGCAGAGUCUCCAGGAUCCAGCUGUCUGUCUAUGAAGAGUGACUUCUCCAAAGAAGAACCUCUGAACUUCAGCAAUGAACCUGGACCCUCAGACACAAAAGGUCAGGACCUCAGACUGACAGCAAAGUCUCCAGGAUCCAGCUGUCUGUCUAUGAAGAGUGACUUCUCCAAAGAAGAACCUCUGAACUUCAGCAAUGAACCUGGACCCUCAGACACAAAUCCUUUGUGUCAGGACGUCCUGAAGGAUCCAGUCCCUGCCAGCUGUGGACACUGGUUCUGCAGACAGUGCAUCACCUCACACUGGGACCAGUCUGCUCCAUCAGGACCCCCCUCCUGUCCCCAGUGUGAAGACAAAUCCAGCAGCUCUGUCCAAGAUGUUGGUCUGCAGGAGGUUUUAGAUGAACAUAAGAUCAGUCUGAAGAGGAGAUGUGAACGUGUGACUGAGGGAACUGACGAAACAGGAAGUAGAACCCUGCUGAACAGGAUCUACACUGAGCUCUACAUCACAGAGGGACAGAGUGAAGAGGUUAAUACCCAACAUGAGGUCAGGCAGCUGGAGACUGCUUCCAGGAUCAAGAGCCUCCACGAUACGCCAAUCAGGUGUCAGGACAUCUUUAAAGCCUUACCUGACCAACAUGGAUCCAUCAGAGUGGUCCUGACCAGCGGCGUCGCAGGUGUUGGUAAAACCUUCUCAGUGCAGAAGUUCACUCUGGACUGGGCCUCGGGCUUGGAGAACCAAGAUGUCAGUGUGGUGGUUCUGCUUUCGUUCAGGGAGCUGAACCUGAUCAGAGAUGAGCAGUACAGUCUUCUCAGGCUGCUCCAUGUUUUCCAUCCAACUCUCCAGAAGCUCCCAGCAGAGAAGCUGGCUGUCUGUAAACUUCUCUUCAUCUUUGACGGCCUGGAUGAAAGCAGACUUCAGCUGGAUUUCACCAACAGUCCACAGGUUUCUGACAUCACACAGGAGGCUUCACUCAACGUGCUGCUGACAAACCUCAUCAAGGGGAACCUGCUUCCCUCGGCUCUGGUCUGGAUCACUUCCAGACCUGAAGCAGCCAAUCAGAUCCCUCCUCCACGUGUUGACAGGUUAACAGACGUACGAGGCUUCACUGACGCUCAGAAGGAGGAGUACUUUAGAAAGAGAUUCACUGAUGAAGAUGUGUCCAACAGAAUCCUCUCUCACAUCAAGACCUCCAGGAGCCUCCAUAUCAUGUGUGGAAUCCCAGUCUACUGCUGGAUCACUGCUACAGUUCUGGAGCACAUGUUGACCACAGAGCAGAGAGGAGAGCUGCCCAAGACCAUGACUGACAUGUACUCACACUUUCUGCUGGUCCAGACCAGCAGGAAGAAGAUCAAGUACCAAGAAGGAGCUGAGACCAGUCCACAGGAGCUGAUGGAGGCUGACAGGGAGGUGCUUCURAAGCUGGGGAGGCUGGCCUUUGAACAUCUGGAGAAAGGAAACAUCAUGUUCUACCAAGAAGACCUGGAGCGGUGUGGUCUGGAUGUCACAGAGGCAUCGGUGUACUCAGGWGUUUGUACAGAGAUCUUCAAAAGAGAGUGUGUGAUCUUCCAGAAAGCCGUCUACUGCUUCGUUCAUCUGAGCAUUCAGGAGUUUCUGGCUGCAGUCUACAUGUUCCACUGUUUCACCAACAGGAAGACAGAGGUGAUGAAGAGGUUCCUGGGAAAGUUUACAUUCAAACCAGGUCAACGUGGUUCUCUUAAUGCUUUCUUGUAUAAAGUUCUGGAGAAAUCCCUGAGCAGUGAAAAGGGCCACCUAGACCUGUUUGUUCGCUUCCUUCAUGGUCUCUCUGUGGAAUCCAACCAGCAACUCUUAGGAGGCCUGCUGGGUCAGACAGACAACAGUCCAGAAAUAAUGAAGAGGGUCAUCAAGAACCURAAGAAGAUGAACAGUUUUGGUACRUCUCCAGACAGAUGCGUCAACAUCUUCCACUGUCUGAACGAGAUGAACGACCUCUCAGUUCAUCAGGAGAUCCAAGAGUUUUUAAGGUCAAAGAAAAGAUCAGAAAAAAUCCUCUCAGAGAUCCACUGCUCAGCUCUGGCCUACAUGCUGCAGAUGUCAGAGGAGGUUCUGGAUGAGUUGGACCUCCUGGUGUACAAAGCAUCUAAGGAGGGACGAUGGAGACUGAUUCCAGCUGUGAGGAACUGUAGAACGUUUCGAAUUGGAGAUUGUGACCUUUCAGAGACUCACUGGGAAGUUUUGGCCUCAGCUAUGAAAUCCAACCCUUCCCUUCUAAAGGUUCUGGAUCUGAGUAACAAUAUUAACCUGGAAAACUCUGGACUGACUCAUGUKUGUUCUGGACUAGAGAGCUCAAACUGUAGGCUGGAGGUUCUGAGAUUGGAAAACUGUGACCUGACAGAGAUCAGCUGUGCUUUACUAGUCUCUGCUCUGAAGUCCAACCCCUCCCACCUGACAGAACUUGACCUGAGUAACAAUGAGGAUCUGACAGAUUCUGGAGUGCAGGAACUCWGUGGUUUUCUGGAGAGUUCCCACUGYAAACUAAAGACUCUGAGAUUGAGGAGCUGCAGUUUGUCAAAGAUCAGUUGUGCUUCACUGKUCUUAGCUCUGAAGUCYAACCYCURCACUCUGACAGAACUAGACCUUAGUUUCAACAACCUGCAGGAACCAGACAUUCAGCAGCUGCUGGAUCUUGUAGAGAAUCCCGUCUACAAACUGGAGACUCUGAGCUGGAAGUCAGACCCUGGAUCAAACUCUGGUGUUGUUGAAAUGACUGGCAAUGAGCCCAGAAGUGUUAACAAUGGGACCUAUAAAUGCCUUGAUGUGUUUGACUAUAUAACGGAUUACGAUGAUGACUGUGACGAUCCAACCGAUUGUGACAUUGAUGACAUUGAUGACGAUGAUGACCGUGACGAUCCAACUGAUUGUGACAUUGAUUACGAUGAUGACCGUGAAGAUCCAACCGAUUGUGACAUUGAUUACGAUGAUGACUAUGACGAUCCAACCGAUUGUGACAUUGAUGACGAUGAUGACCGCGAUGAUCCAACCGAUUGUGACAUUGAUUACGAUGAUGACCGCAACGAUCCAACCGAUUGUGACAUUGAUUACGAUGAUGACCGUGACGAUCCAACCGAUUGUGACAUUGAUUACGAUGAUGACCGCGACGAUCCAACCGAUUGUGACAUUGAUUACGAUGAUGACUGUGACGAUCCAACCGAUUGUGACAUUGAUUACGAUGAUGACCGCGACGAUCCAACCGAUUGUGAUAUUGAUUACGAUGAUGACCGCGACGAUCCAACUGAUUGUGACAUUGAUUACGAUGAUGAUCUUCACAAUCCAGUCAACGAUCUUCCUGAUGCUGAUCAUCUGGACUAUCCAACUGACGCUGAUCGUUACGAUGAUCAUUACGACUAUGACUUGCCAAUCAAUGAUGACAAAGAUUAGGGUGACAUUGAUGAUAUACUGUAUGGUUUUAAACAGUAAAGGAAACACUCAAUAGAUGAUGACUUUGUGUUUUAGCUUUUCCAAUUUUCAUUUUUGUGUUUUAUGGCKACGUUGUUUGGUUUUGUUUUUAUAAACUCCCUUUUCAUCCAUUCAUCUAUUUUCUUUACUCACGUCUGCUUUUCGGGUGUAAGGGACCUGKUGUCUAGUUUUUUGAUUUGUCACUGUUCACCCUGGACAGGUCCCAAGGUCAUCAAUACUCAGAGAAACCCAUGUGCACAGAGAGAACAUGCAAAGUCCAGCUGUGGAGAUGCUUUCCUUCAGCAAGUGUUUAAAUGUUCUCUAUCCAAUCUGACUGGGCUUUUAUUCCAGAUUUGCAAUGCUGGUAGAGACAAACAACAAAUGACUCACAGCUGGAAGUGCAGUAAAAAGUAGCAGAAUGCAUCCUGCACUUUUUUUAGAUUUUAUAUGUAAAAAAAUACUAAAGUGUAUAUUUUUAAACUAAUUUAUGUUGGUCUUUUCCAUAUUUUGUUACAUGGUGUAUGAAUAUUUUUUWAAAUACUCCUAAUCCAGUUUUUGAUUGUAGAAAAUGAAGAGUUGUUGUUGAGAUGUUUAAAUUUGAGGUCAUCAUUUGUAAAAUAA